AUGGAAGCAACGAGUGCUUCAUCGUCACUGAUAAACGACGUUAUCGAGGAAAUUUUCAUGCGGCUUCCUGUAAAAUCAUUAUUCCGGUUCAAGUCUGUGUCAAAACAAUGGAGAUGUAUGAUCGAGUCUCGCUCUUUGGCAGAGAGACACUUGAAGAUCGCCGAGCAAUCCAACGUGGAAAAUCCCAAAGUCAUGGCCAUCUCCGAAGAACGUACUUUCAACGUGAACGGAUCUGGUUUAGACACAGGCCUUUGUUUUAAGACAAUAUGUUCGGAAUCUGCUUCUCUUCUGUCCUCUACUCUUGUCAAUUUCCCUCAAGGGUUCGAUUACUGGAUCAACGUUUCUGAAAGCUGUGACGGCCUUUUCUGCAUCCAUUCCCACAGAUUACAAUCUAUAUAUGUUGUGAAUCCAGCCACACGGUGGCUCAGACAACUUCCUCCGGCUAGGUUUCAGAUUUCGAUGCACAAGUUUACACCCUCUCACCUAAUUUACCUGAAAGCAGUCAGUCAUCUAGCAUUCGUGAAGGCCGAUGAUUACAAAUUAGUGUGGCUGUAUAACACUGAUAAGUAUAACUCUGACGCAUUCAGUCCAAACGAGGGACUUACCAACUGCGAGGUUUUCGAUUUUAGGGCAAACGAUUGGAGAUACUUGACUUGUACACCAAGUUAUCGUAUAUAUUUCAACCAAAGGCCAGCAGCUGCAAACGGGUCGGUUUAUUGGUUCACAGAACCAUACAAUGGAGAAAUUAAAGUAGUAGGUCUCGAUAUUCAUACCGAAACAUUUCGGGUGCUGCCUAAGAUUAACCCUGCUAUUGCUAGUUCAGAUCCUGACCAUAUUGGAAUGUGUGCUCUAAAUAAUGGUUUGUUCAUGUGGACAAGGGAGCCCGAGACGAUGAUCGAAUACAUUUGGAGGCUGAAUUCAUCAGAAGACACAUGGGAGAAUAUUUGUACCAUAGAUUUGCGUUCUUUGAAUCCGUUUGGCUAUCCACCUGGACCUGGUUGGACAGUACUGGUGGCGGUAUGCAAGAAGGAGAAGAUCUUGCUCAAUUUUCACUGUGGCAACGACCUGAUGAAAUAUGAUUCCCAAACAAAAUCUUUCUCUCCCAUUUUCAAAGAUUCUUGUAUAAAAUAUGUUCCUUACUUUCAAAGCCUGAUAUCUUAUAUAUAA